AUGGAAUUCUCUGAAGAAAGGCAGGUCGUCAUGCAAGUUGAAUUGGAGAGAUUACUCCUCAUCUGUGAAAGAAUUAUCAGACAUGAGAAAUUGAAGGUAAUGAUUAAAAUUUGGGUGAAUGGUUUUGAAGGCCAAAAAUUAGAGGGUCAAAGUGCAACAUUUAGUACAAAAAUUGCAGAAACAUCGAAUGGAGGUGCUAAACAGUCUGUUGUAGUACGAAAUCCCUCAAAUUGUUGUUCCAAUCUGUUCUCACAGGUUGCAGCCAAGAUUUUGCAGGAUGAAGCUCAUGGAAAGAAUUACAAAUCAUAUCAGGUAAGAGAUGAAUUAGGUAUCAAAGACAAUGAGAAGGCCAUGGUACUCAACUUUGGUGGACAAGAAGAGAUAUAUGUGGCAAGGACACCUAGAAGAUUGGAUGUGGUUGGAGGAAUUGUACACUACUCCGGAAGCCUUGUUUUGCAGAUAUUGGGAGGCACAAAACACCCUAACAACAGACAAACAAGAGGAUCUUCGCUCCCUUGGAGCACGGAACUAGGGAACCAUAAACAAGCCUGGUAUUGUCUUGACCGAGCAAUAAGGGCAGAUCCGGAAGAUGUGAGUCUUAGACAUCCCCGUGCCUCGAUUUAUGUUGAGCCUGGAAACUAUCACAAGGCUGCUGAAUCAUGUGAGCAAAUCUAG